CGAGCAUACAAUCAACAGCCGACAACAGUCGCGCUGAGAGGAACAGGCCGACAACAGUCGCGCUGAGAGCAACAGGCCGACAUGCCGGACACAGCGCAGGCCGGCAACGCCGUACAGGGCCAGAAUAACGAGUGGUAUGACAAGGCAUGGAGCGUUGGGAAGAAUGUUGCCAUGUUCAUCGGCAUACAAUUCUUGAUGCGACAGUUCAUGGGCGGCGGACAACAAAAGGCAGCUACUCCAGCUCCCCCAGGCACAUCCGGCGCAGCUUCGUUGUCUGCUGAAUACGAAUACCGCGCCAUCCCCCAGGCAGUACUCCCACUGUGGCCCUCGAAUUCGACAGUAGACAUCAACAUGUUCAUUUCACCGAGCGUCGUCAUGCCGGCUUUCAGUGCUAUGCCACCAGAGAGCCUGAUUGUCAACGAGAAGGCCUUUUCGCUAGACCGGUCGAAGAAGGAUUACAGAGAGGUGCACACCAGCUUUUCUGUGCCCAAGACAGUACAGGAUAAUGGCACGCUAUGGGCUCACAUCUUCGUGGCUCAAGCUGGUGCCGAGCUCGAUCCUGCUUCUCCCUCAUAUGAUACAGCGAAGGCGUAUAGGAUGCUGAGGCCUUUGACAUCGUAUCUGGCCAAGAAGAAAGUCCGCAAGACCAGGAGCCUUUUGGGCGCGCAGAAUGAGACCGAGGUCGAAGAGCCUGAAGAUGAAUCAACGGGACCCAGGAUUGCAUCUUACUACCACCCUAAUUUCACUUUGUCUUUCGUCCCGGAUACCGGAAACGCUGCAUGGGCAUCCCUUCAUCCUGCCAUGCGCCAGUUCUAUACUCUGGAGGCUACUGGUGCUCGCGACGAAACUGGCAAGAACGGCUGGUACUAUCCAGUCCUCUACCUUAACACCUUCUGGCAGCUGAAGUCGCAGAUGACCGAACUGAACGCUACAAUCCCUAUGGCAACACUCCCCAUCAAUGUCGAUGUCAGCACUCUCGCGAGCUGGCAAUUUAGUAUCAUGGCUAGUAUGGAUGAGGGUAUGAAGGAGACGGCACGAAAAGCUGCACACGGCGAAAGUACUCCGGGUGGCGGCGACGGAUCUGAAAUGGAGCUGAUCAAGGAGACACUCCUCGACACAAACCCUUGGCUCCUUGGCACCACCGCAAUUGUCAGUGUCCUACAUAUGAUCUUUGAGCUUCUCGCCUUCAAGAGCGAUGUUGGUCAUUGGCGCAAGAAGAAGGACAAUGUUGGUGUCUCGUUCCGCACCAUCCUCUCGAACGUGGUCAUGCAGUCAAUCAUCUUCCUAUAUCUCAUGGACAACAAUGAAAACACCAGCUGGAUGAUUCUCUUCGGUCAAGGCAUGGGCAUUGCCAUCGAAGCCUGGAAAAUCACGAAGACGGUCAACGUUCGCGUUCGAGAACCAGCGGCUGGCACAUACGCCCACAAGCUCGGCCUCCCAUACACCGUCGUACUCGAGGACAAGCACAAGCUCAGUGAGACAGAAGAGCAGACCGAAGAAUACGACAAGAUUGCAUUCAAGUACAUGGGCAUUCUCGCUGUCCCAUUGCUUUUGGCCUACGCCACAUACUCCCUCAUCUACGAAACUCACAAGAGCUGGUACAGCUUCAUCAUCACAACCCUCGUCGGCAGUGUCUACGCCUACGGUUUCCUCAUGAUGGUCCCAUCCCUCUACAUCAACUACCGCCUCAGGUCCGUCGCUCACAUGCCCGCCAAAGCAAUGAUGUACAAAUUCCUCAACACCUUCAUCGACGACCUCUUCGCCUUCACCAUCAAAAUGCCAAUUUUACACCGUCUCGCCACACUACGCGACGACGUGAUAUUCUUCGUAUACUUAUAUCAAGCCUGGGCCUACAAAGUCGACUACACUCGUGUCAAUGAGUUCGGACAGGGUGGAGAUGAGGAAGAAGAGGAGAGCAAGAAAGCUGCUAAGCCACUGACUAGUAUGGAGGGAAGUAAGGCUGACGCUGAUGGCAAGCUCAAGGAGGCUUUGGAUCAGGCUUCGAAAGCAAGCGGAAAGGAAAACGCGGGUGGGGCGAGGAAGAGGAAAGGGUAGAUUUAAUUGAGCAUUGCUUGGGCUUGUGGAAAUAUAGAUGCAUUUGGAUCAAACCCUGUGAAGUACUGAGCCAAGGCAUUCCUGGGUAAGAUCCAUAAUCUUUGUCCCGACCAAUAAGGUAUUCACACUUCUUGAAAUUCGUUUCAAACAAAGUGUACUAUUCAAAGCAUCUUAUCUCUUUAUCCACCGCUAUGCAAAAGUAAAAGUCCUGCAUGCACAAGAAUAGGUAAACCAAGCCGCCGACAACUCUUUAUAUCUCAUCAACCUCAUCAUCCUUGCUCGCCUUGGCUUUCGUGGUACCAUUAGAAUUGAGGGUAUCCAUUUUGAAAGCAUUGCCAGCUUGAGCACUCAUGCCGAUGGCUUGUCGUCCGGUCUCAGAAGACUCUAAAAAUUCUCGCAGCUUUUCUUUGAAGAUUUCCAAACCUUGUGAGGUGGCGGCAUUGGUCAUGCGAAGCAUUGGACCCCAGAGAUUGAGGGUGUAAGUGACGUAGGCGCCGGCAGCGAGGAGGAUCAGGAAGAUGAAGUACACGGGGUUGCGGAGGACGGCGACAAUUUCGUUCCAGCCAAGUGCUAAAAGCAGGCCGUAGAAGUAUAAUGGGACUUGCGUCAUGCCACCAAUUGCACUACGCUUGGCUUCGACGUACACGCCAUCUGCCGUCUUCUUGAAUCGUGUUUGGAGAUCUUGUUGUCUGGCAUCGGAGAUGACUGUCAUCUCCUCUUCCAGCGACUUGCCUUCUUCCUCAUCUACACCGCCAAUCGGUGUCAAAUCCUCCUCAUCGGCAGAUGAUACUGUAGCAGGAGGCUCACCGAUCCAAGCAUCCAAAGGUGGUGGUGCCGAUGUUCUAGAAAGCCGGAAUUUCGCAAGAAGAGGAAUCAGUGUC